CUAUAAAAGAGACGGUGCCUCAGAUUUAGGAUAGAGGGGGAUCGUUCAAACUCCCUGUCAGAUCAGUGCGGCCAGAGCCAAUGGUGGGACAGUGGCGGUUGUCAAGAGGAGGUGGGGUCUUGUCCCGUGUGUCGACUGUCUGAUGGAGAGAAGUGGGGGCACAGCACAGCGAGUGUGACACAGAGUGCUACGCAGAGAGAGAGCAAGAGAGACUGCAGGCAGGCAUGCAGCAGCAACACAGAGCCAUAUAUAUGUUUAAUAGAGAGGCUGCAGCAGAGCCGGCUGUUGAUGAGGUGUAUUUGGCACAAGGUCCUUGGAAGCCUGACUUAAGACGUCUGUCAAACAUGACUGGACAAUAAUAACGUUCCCCAAAACCUGCAGCAUGUGACUUUGCUGUGGUGUUUACGGACCCUCACCAUGCUGUCUCUCUGGAAUCUUUAUCUUCUCCUCCCCCUCUCUUUGCAUCCCUCACUCCGUGCCAUAGCCAUAACUGGAGAAAAUGUCAAGGAAACACAACAGCCAGGCAGAGACAUAGCAUCACAGCAUAUUCCACAGCCCACACCAAGACUUCAUGGAUCUGGUUCUGUCCCAGUUAGUCCCCUCUUUGAGCCCACGGAUGCCGACUUCCUGGGUCAACCUCUGAGUUGGUCUUCAUUCUCAUCACAGGAGUCAGACAGACAAGGUGUGAUCGGUGAAUAUGUUGAUCUACAGGCAAGCACAGAAAUGUCGCUUAUGGAUCCAAAUGAGAAGGAAUUUUUCAUACCCAGCUCCUCUGAAAGUGCAACAGAAGAUGUGCCGUCUCAAACUACCCAGGAACAAACAUUUAAAUACCUGCCAGCUGAGACCAGCUCUGAAUCUAACCUGGAUAUACAGACUCAAGAGAAUCACCUCAUUUCAACAGCCUUGCAGAAUAAGACUUAUGGCUCACUUCCAUCAGACUCUUCUCCACUGUCUGUUGGACCGGGACACAGCUCUGACCAGCCCACCCCACCUGUAGUCAGUGGCAGUUGGGGAAGGACAAUAGUUGGUCCUUCACUGGCGAAGACACGGGAGGGAACUGUCCCAGUGAAAGAGUCUGGUGGUGGAUUGGUUGAUAUGACAGACCACAGAGUAGCUGUGAAUAUGGUGACAGAGAAAGAUACGUCCAGGGAUAGUAGCCUGCAAAAAUCCAGUGACAAAUUCUUGCUCGAUGGUAACAUGGACACCUCAACAGCACCCUGCAAAACAACAAACCAGUCCUGGACUCCCACCUUCGCAGAUGAUUUCACUACCAACGAGUCCCUGCAUCCCUCUCUUGCUUUCAUCCCUGCCCUUCAUGUCCCUCUGUAUUCGGACUGGAACUCUGCCCUCGCUACAUGGGGGUUUGCGUGGGAAGCUCACACUUACGGCCUGGGGUCUGUCUUCACUGUGUUCGGCCUAAUCUCUAUCAUCUGCCUGUUGGGGCUUCCCCUGCGGUGUCCUGCAGGAAGCCCCUACUUCACCUUGCUGCACUUGUUCCUCCUUGCAUUUACAGGGAUCCAAGCUUUCUGUUUGCUCUAUGAUGCAUACAGUCACCAGGAUCGUCUUCCCCCUCUAGGUUCACUGCUACUCUCUGUGUUGCCCUUCCCCUGUUUGAUCUCAGCUUUCUCCUUGGCCUUCCUCCUUCUUUCACUGCGCUCACGCAUGCACCUUUCAUUCCCACUUGCUAUUUCAACGCACUUCUCAGCCUUGCCCAAACCUUGCUUGCUAUUGUGUGUAUCUCUGUUGCAUUUUGGAGUAUCUCUAGGAUGUGUUGGCUUGCUCCAGCUCUUCGACUUCCUUCCUACCAUGAUCCUGCUUUUCCCUCAGGGUCUUUUUGUAUGUCUCACCAUCUUUCUAUCACUCUCCUACCUCAUCUUCUACUGCUUAAUACAAAUUGACACUAAACACAUCUACAGGCUUAAUGACAAUGGGGAGAAUGGAGGAUCUCCUGAAGUGAUACGACCAGCAAGUUGCCCCUUUUCCAAAGUGGAGGACUGGCGUAGGGCAGCAGUAGCUGGAGUAGGGGCUUCAUUUUGUUUAUUGGGCUGUGGAGGACUACAGCUUUAUGGGAUCCUGCAUGCCCUUGGUUUAGGUGGGGUGGAUGGUUAUGGGUUCCAUCCCUGGCCCUGGUGGGGCUACCAGGUGGGUUGCAGACUUUGCGAGAUAGGGGUGUGUCUAGGGUUGUCUCUCAUUGGCACACACCCUCUAUGUUCCAGACACUCUUCUAUCAAGACCACAACACACCCCAGGCCUGGAUCCUGGUCCCGCCUGUCAUGCAGCUCACCUUCGCGAGGGCUCACUCUGCCCUCUCCAGGAAGUGUAAAUUCUCCUGUUCUCUCCACAUAUGAUUCUUGGUCCCAAGGUAAGAAGGAAAAGCAGGUGGUCUGCAAUGUCAUCACCCAACGAGAGUCAGAUGCUCUCCCUCUUUGCUCUAUUGUGGAUCAUCCAAGAAAUGGGUGUGAGUGUCUUCCAAAAUCCAGCCGAACACAGACAACUGUAUUACCUUUACCUUCACCCCCAAGCCCUCCUCAAAAUCGUACAAAUGCUGUGGAGUUAUCAUCACUGGGUCAAUAUGCUGACUCUACUGUGGAUCUACAGCCUCCAUCUCCCAUAGACCUGUCUCGCAGUAUUGAUCAGGCUUUGUUCAGUGAGUCCCUAUUCUCUCACAGUAUCUUUGGUUUGCCGAGGUUGACCCAUGCUUCUUCAAGCCACUCUUUGAGCUCUCCUAGCCAAGGGACUUCAAAGAACGGGCAGAGUUCUGUAGAUAAUGCCUUAUACAGAACCUCCUCCUGUGGAGAUGUGGGUCAAGAGAAAAACCCUCCCGGUUCAAAAUGCUCCCAGCCUCACAGCUCUAUAACGUCUCACAGCAGGACACCAGAGCACUGGGAAUGGAAAGGGAGUGUCUCUGGCUCAACCCAGGGUCUGUGCAGCAAUCCAAAAGAGACAGGAAAGCUGCGCUCAAACUCCUGGGCCAACAGAGGGCACAACUUUACUCAGCACAGCCUUCCACGGGCAAUUCAUCUGUCUUACCACAGGCGGUACCGAACCCUGAGCGCAGCGUCACGGGACAUGCGGGGUUCUGGCCGACUGGCAGGGACCAAACACUUAAGUGAAAGCAAACAGCUAGAAUGGGAUCUGGCCGUGCAGGCAGAAUUUGUCAAUGUGUGUAGACAAAUUGAUGCUCUGAGUGUUUGCAGUGACACCAUUGAACUAUAGACAAAACUGUGAUUGGAAUGCAAAUGUAGCAGACUCUGAUUCUGAUUUUUCAUUGUAAAAGUUGUAGUGACUUACUGUAAUUAUUUGACAUAAACUAAUUAAAGUAUAAUGGACAUUUUAAUACAGCACUAUUAAUAUUAUUAGUACAAAAUGUACCUUUUGGACAUUGUAGUUAUCCUACAAAAUAAAGGGAAUGUAAAGGAUAGCCUCCUUAAGCCAUGAAUAAACAAAAUGGAUUCCACAAAAGUUUAGUUAGCAUUGCUUAAAUGCUAAUGGUUCUUCAUCAUUUCAAAAGUCAAGAAAUGCUCAUUAGCAUAUCGACCCCAAACUCUUAACUGUAUCUGAUAGUAUUGUGGUAGACAAUUUAAAUUAUAUAUUUAAUAUAAAUAAAUAAAUACAACUGAUUGUCAGAGGAGGCUAAAUAGUACUAUCUCUAUGUACCAGUGACUGUAUUUGUAUUUUUUUUUUCAAAUGAUGUCCAGUUAGUUGUGAAUGGAGACGUAAGCACUGGACAAUGUAGCAUGUAGUACUUUUAUGUUAUGUCAGUGUGGUGUAAAAACAAACAUGUUUUAGGAUAAUAUAAUGUUUGCAUUUCCUGGCAAGCCAGCCAUCUGUUUUGUAUUUUUGAAAUUCUUAUUUCAUUUACUACUCUAUAAUUUACUGCCACCUAGUGGUCAUGGGAAAAAACACCUAAGGAGUGCAAUUUACUCUCUGUUUGUGUUGUGAUGAAGCAAUUUCAAAAUCCCCAUGUUAAAAUAACCUUUAUUAAUGCAACACUAUGUACACUUAAUAAUUCAGAAUCGUUUAGUUGGAUAAAACAAAAAUACAUUCACAAUUUCUGUAUAACCUGUAAUCAUCAAUCAACUGGCUGCACGAUUGCCAAAUAAAGAUCCAGUGUUUAUAUGACAUAGUGACAUAUUUCAUACCAAAGAUAGUCGUAGUUUCAACAAAAUGAAGAAAUCUUUUUUUUAAAAUUGCCCAAAACAUCUAUAAUUCUACAAAACAAUCUAACUUGGGUGACCUGGCUUUGCUCAACUGACUCAUUGGCUCUGUUUUUAAGUAGUGAGUCAGAAAGUGAGACACAUAACUCAUAUAUGUACACUCAAUAGCCAUGUGAUUUACAAUAUGCCUUUGCAAACUUAAAUUAUGGAGAUCCCAACAUGUGUGAAUAUAUAUGAGUAUAUUGUAUAGACUGAUCAUUAGAUUAUUUAAAAGUAUAGGAUUCUAUCCUGUCUUGUUACCAAGACCGUUUGUUAUCCAGUACGUUCUACUGCAAAUAAGGUGAAAUCCAGAGUGUCAUUAUCAUUAUUGUGUUUGCUCCUUUGUGGUGCUCAGUGUAAUAAUCAUGGAAAGGUGAAUUAAGGCUAAUUCCUGGUUUGUCAUGCAGGGUGAGUUACAAUGUAACACCCUCAUUUUCACAAAGAGAAAAUACAUGUGUGGAGAAUAAAGUAGUGUAUGGAUGGAUGGAUGGAUGGAUGUACUGGAAAUAUGACCUUUGACCCAGUAAGAUUUAUACACAAGAUCACAGGCUAGAAAAUAUAGUGUGGCCAUGUCUAAAUACUGGUAUGUUAGUAUAUUAGAUCAUUUUACAUGUGCUUUUUACAACCUUUAUCAUUAAUAAAAUGUGAGACAUUU